UGAGCUGCAGCGGGGCCCAUCAGAAGUUCUAGGCGACGCACGCUGUGAGAUUUGCCUCGCAGACAGAAAGAGUCCAUCGCGACACGUCCCUUUCAAGGUUGGAGAAUAACUUCGCCGACGCCGUGCCCCUUUCUUGGAACCUGCUGUUGCUCCUUCCACCCUAACCACAACCCGGCCUGCUACUGCCCCACGAGAGCCACAUCGCACCGCCCCGGCCCAUCACGACCUCUUGCCGCUGCCCUCUAGCCUCUGGCGACUGACCGCGCCAACCCAUCCAUCGCCUAGGACCGAGGUGGCCCAGACGAGACCCGAGACCCACGACCCACGACCCACGACCCAGCGAGCCGCCGCGCCGCAUCAUCCACAACCUGCCCAACUCUCAGCUGCUCCGCCUCACCCGGUAGCCCCCCGUGGUCCCUUCCUUUGUGAUCCCUUGGUCACAUCCAGCAGCAACUUCUUCCUCUCGGCCAGGCUUUGAAGCUGCCACAUCAGACUGCCAGACCUCUGCGAGCCAUGAUAUAGAUGCAUCGACCGAGCCCUUAGUUACUGAUCAACCGCAAGUCCCACAAGAGAGAGCCUGUCAUAGGCUCCCCACACACCAACCAAAAUGCCGGGCUUCCAAGAUAGUUUCUGGACCGGCGACUAUGCCGCAGGCCUUGGCGUUCUGUUCAGCAAGCUGCAGCAGGGAGUCAUAGAGAACAGACAGGUCCUGACCAUCGCACGCAUGCGCUCUGAAGCCGAGGAGCUCUACGGUACGCGACUCAACGAUAUCGCCCCGGCUGUCGACAAGGUGCAAGGAGGCUUUUCAAAGGAUGAUGGCGCUACCGUCCGCAAGGCCUACGAGGGCAUACGAACCGAGAUGGCAGAGGGCGCAAAUAAGCACAGGAAGAUUGCCCAGAACAUCCGCGACCUUGUCGUGAACCCAUUCUCCAGGUGGUGCGAAAACCACGAGACCCGGAUACAAGACUCCCAGGACGAGCUGCAGAACCGCAUCAAGGCCCACGAUCGCCAGGCCGAGCUGGUCAAGAAGUUGAGGAGCAACUACUUCAACAAGUGCCGGCUGGUCGAGGAUCUCGAGGAGGAGACCAAGUUCGCCUUCCAGGACCCAGAGAGCAGCCCCAAACCCAAGAUCCCCGAGAUCAAGGUCUCGGAGAACAAGGAGGCCGAAUUGGCCGACGAGGACUCCAUCUUCGAGAUCGGCGAUGAGACUUUCGACGUCGAGGAGAUGAAGAAGCGGUUGGCGCACAUGUUGAACAACAUCAAACUGCAGGACACCAAAGUGCCGAUCUUGGGAACAUACAUGAACACCUCGGCCGGUGCGGACAUUGUGGAGUACCUCCAGAAGUACAUGGACACCACCAGCGUCAGUUAUGCUGAGAGAAUCGGCCAAGACCUCGUCUCCAGCGGCUUCCUGAGACUCGUUGGAAAUGUGGGAAACACCUUCGCAAACAGCUCCAAGAUGUUCUACCAGUGGCGGCCAAAGGCAUUCCAGAUGUCUGGUGUGCCCGAGAAGAAGCCAACCGUGGGCAGGACUUUCUCUCUCGCAUCCAACGGCUCGGAAGCUGGCGAUUCACCUGUCGUGGGGACAAUGAGCGAGUACCUGGCCGGAUGGAACCCUCUCAACAAUGCCCACCCAGGCGAGACUCCACCACAGCGCCUGCGGAGGGAGCAGAGGGAGGCCGACGACAGGUACAAGGACGGAGUAAAGAAGCUGGACGAGGUUCGGUGCGAGCUCGAGGAGGCCAUCACCGUUCAUCUCAAGUUCCUCGAGCGUUGCGAGCUGGACAGGCUCAAGGCCAUCAAGACCGUCAUUCUCGAUUUCUCGGGAUGUGUCAGCAACGUCAUCCCCAGUCUCCAGUCUGCUGUUGACAAUAUGAUGCUCUUCCAGGAGACCAUCCAACCCGACGGGGAUCUGCGCUACCUCCUCGAGAACUACCGCACCGGACGCUUUGCUCCAAAGGUCGUCGUGUACGAGAAUUACUACAACAAGGUCGACGAGCAGACCUUUGGUGUCGACCUCGAGGCCCGCGCCAGGGCGGACAAGAAGCGAGUGCCCAUGAUUGUGACGACUAUUCUCACCUACCUCGACAACCACUACCCUGAUCUCGAGGGCGAUGAGGCCAGGAGAGGGGUCUGGCUGGUGGAUGUGCCAUUAGCACAAACCCAUGCUCUGCGAAACAAGGUCAACGACGGCAAGCCCUUCUCGCCUGAUAUUCUUGCUGAAUUCGAUAUACCCACUGUUGCAAGUCUGCUUAAGCUCUACUUCCUCGAACUACCUGACUCUCUGGUCUCCUCUCACGUUUACGAGAUCGUCAGGACUAUAUACACCACGCCUAAUCCGGACACCUCUGAUGCAGGACGUGUCUCCGUCCUACAGCAGACGCUGUCCCAGCUGCGGUUGACGAACAUUGCCACCCUGGACGCCUGCAUGAACCACUUCACGAGGUUGAUUGAGCUGACAAGCGCGGACGAAGAGUACAUCUCUGCACUUGCGACGACACUGGCACCCUGCAUUUUGAGACCACGCGUGGAGACAUCCUUGACCAUGGAAGAGAAGCACGCUUACCGCCUGCUACGUGACCUCUUCGCUCACAAGACUGCAAUCUUCAGCGAAUUGAAGCGAAUGUCGACCCUCGGCCACUCUACCUCAGUAACAAGCUCCAACACCGACACCACAAACCGCCCACGCGCCAUCAGCACUGAUGAGAGCAACCGAAGAAUCCAUCAGGAGGAGCGACAACGGGCGCUUUUGGAGAAGGCAGGAGGCGGCCGUAGUAGGGCCACCUCUCCGGCUCCAAGCCCCCGUGGCGUCGGCUCUCACCGACGGGAUAGGAGUGUUGGCAGGUUCCCCGUGCAGACGAGCCCCACCGAGAAGAACGAGCGUGUGCGCAUGAGCAUGGGACCUAUCCUGGGCGUGAAGCGAUCCAGUCUUGAGGUGCCCGGCGAGAGCGGCACGCCUCCAUCCUCAGUGUCCACCGAAUCAGUCACGAACGGCAGCGAAUCGACAGAUUCUCCCACGUCGGUUAGAGGCCGGUCGGAAACCCUCCGAUCCAACGACUCACUGGAGAAGCGGAACUCUCUGGGCCGCAACCCAGCGCGGUCCUCUCUUGGCCGACGGAUCCCCGUCAACCCCACACCCCUGACCGAGGCCGGUGACGAGCACACCCGAGGCGUGACCCUGGAGGAUAAGCCGAUGGAUGACUAGUAGUUCACCCACCUAGGCCACUUUUCUACUGGGGAACCGAGCAUCCCGACAUGUCAUGGUUAACAUUUUGGCACCGGUGCGUGCAAGCACGGUCAUGGGGAUAGAACAGACUAUAUGGAGGGAUCGAGAACAAAGCACACAUAUUCGGGGAAACACACACAUUCUUGGGGCCGUAAAGGCGGAGGGUUGUAAUGCAAUGGAAUGGAAUGUACUAUGUAUCAACCGAGCGAACGCGACCACGAGCCAAGAUAUUAGCACGAUGAGUUUUGACACACACACACACAAACAAACAAGAAACGCCCAGGUAUAUUAAACAUAGCAGCACUGGGGGGGAAGGUAACUUAGCCAGGGGGUGGAGGUGUGUGUCCUGGAGACUGGGCGGACGGGUGGUGGCGGUGGACAUAUUUAUCAGAGAAAAUGGGACGGAGAACCAUUGUGGGGUCGGUCGGGCGCGGUCUCGUCCGGCCUUUUUCGUCGUUGCGACGGCACAUUUAUAUAUUACUCUUCACAAAA